UGUGACAUGAAAGUCAGUGUAUUGUACAGUGAAUAGUGUAUAGAUGCUAUAACAACAGUUGUGUUAUACGUGUUAAUGACGCUGGACAUGCAUCUGUAAAGAUGGUAACUUCCAACAAAUUACUCGAUAAAAAGGUCGUUAAAAUGGCUGAACAGAACAAUAGUACGGUUGUGCCGCAAAGAACUUUGUUAGGAGAAGUGAAUGAGCAAAUUACUUGUCCGCUAUGUCGCGGUUACUACAUCGACGCCACCACGAUCGUAGAAUGUUUGCACUCGUUUUGUCGCAGCUGCAUCAUCAAGCAUUUGCAAAUUAGCCGUUACUGCCCGGUCUGCGACGUGCAGAUAAAUGUUGCAAAGCCAAAUUUCAGACUAGACAAAGCUCUUCAAGAUAUUGUGUACAAACUUGUACCAGGGCUUUUCCAAAAAGAAAUGGAAAGGCGACAACAGUUUUACUCGUCUAGACCGGGGCCGGCUGCUUCCGCGACGCCAGAGCAAAGAGGUGAAGAUACAGAAAGGAUAAUUUUCAGCCCAGAAGAUGUCAUCUCAUUUUCUUUGGAAUAUGCAGAUGCCACUGACACUGACAGCAUAUCAAGCAAAUCAUCAGAUAGCAAUGAACCUCAGCCACCAAAUGGUACCACGAGGAGGUUUCUACAGUGUCCUGCAGUUGUCAAUAUUAGUCAUUUGAAGAAAUUCUUGAGCAUGAAAUUCGAUAUUGACAGCACUCAAUUUGCUAUUGACAUUUUAUAUAAAAGGGUACCAUUGCCAGACUACUACACUUUGAUGGAUAUUGCUUAUAUUUACAAUUGGAAGAGGAAUGAACCAAUGAGAUUUUUCUACCAGAUUAUAGAUUAUGUAGCUAUCAGAAAUAGAUUGUUUGACAUUAAUAGGAAAGGUUCUCAUUUUCGAGAUAGUAAAUCAAGCCCAACACCAACAGAAGACACAAAUGUUAGUAGCCCGGCACCUAAUCUAAAUGAUCACGGUUCAGAAGUAUCAUCAGGUACUGACAGUCCCAUGCCAGAAGAUAACAGUGGCAAAAAGUCACAUAGUUCUUCAACUACAGACAAGAAUAAUCAGUCCAACAAGGAUAUCAGUAGUCAAAAUAAGUCAGGCGCCAACAGUAACUCUACAGCGAAGAAAAAUGAUGAUGAAGUAGAAAAGUCGCAGUUUUUGAACUCUUUUGAAUUAACAGCCAAAAGUAAUAGCCAGUCAGUUAAAUCAUCUCCUGUAAAAGGUAAUGCGCAGGAAACGUCAUCUUCAUCUAAUAAUAAUACAGUUAAAAGUCAAGAAGCACCAAAGGAUGAUGAUACUUUAAAGAGGAAACCACAGACACCACCAAAAGCACCAGAAGUUAAAAGACUCAAAAUUGAGUUAGAAAAAACUAAAAUACCCCAAGGUCUGACUAAACCUGCCAACUCUACUUCUGCUUCAUCCACUGGAGCUUCAGAACUUCACAACAAGUCUGGGAGUGCAUUUGAUAAUUUGACAAAAACAAAAGAUACUGACAGCAAACUCAGCCCUCAGCCUGACAAAAACACAUCAUCAUCAUCAUCUUCACCAACAAAGGAGCAAAAGAUGCCUGCUGUGGGUUCAAAACCAACUCCCGAGAGUACUGGAUUAAAAAGAACAAUUCCUAGUACAAGUAAUGUUUCUUCUCCAAAACGAAAAGCAACAAAUGAGCCAGUGGCAUCAGUACGGCAUGCUUCUCAACCUAAAACAGUUUCUCCUCUUAAGCUUCAAGUACCCAAAAUGGAUACACAGCAAUUUUCUCUCCCAAAGCCCGCAGAAGUUCCAAAGCCACCUCCAAAAAGAAUGCCUGAUUUAAAACCUACCAUGCCAACAACACAGGCAACCCAAAAUAAAGGACAACCAAUUAAUAAAGUGAGGAUGGAUCUGUUAGCCAACAAUAGUGAUCCCACAAUAGAUAGAAGUAAGAUAUUGUCCCAGGUGAAAUCAUCACUCAGUGCCGCUCAUAAUACAGUCCAAACCUCAGGUGACCCGCUGAAAUCUUUGUUGUUAGAUUCAUGUAAAAUUAACAUCCCUUCAUCACUCUCAAUUACUUUAACAGACCAGAAAUUAGAUCCACGUAGUCCUGGUGAGCCAACCACAAGUGAUCCGAAAAAGAAUAUCACUAAUAAAAAUUUAGUUUCCGCGAAUAGUAGCACAGCUCAUAAAGUGCCUAGUCCGCCUGUUCACAACUACAUUGAAAUAUUAAAGUUGCCAGAUAGUAAUCCUAAAAAACAACAGAUGAAAGCUGAAGGUAAUACUGAUACCAAGCAAAGUCCACAAGCAAAACCUGAAAGUUCAACAGCAUCACCAAAGCCUCCAGGCAAAUCUUCUGAGUCAUCCGCUAAAGGGCCAAUACCUAAUUUAAAACCUAUAGCUGACACUAAAUUAGGAAAGCAAAGUGGUAACUUUGCUUCACCUAUUACUUUCCAGCAAACAUUUGAGAAGCAAUUACAAACUUUAGUAUCAGAUAAAAAAACUAAACUCCCAAAAAAUAAAGCUCAGGUGCCCAAACUUGUUCCAGCUACUCCAAAAACAUUCAAUACCAUAAAUAAACUGAAUAAUCCAAACAAUAAGUCUCCCAGUAGUGUAACUAUGACUCCAGAAACUAAGCCUAGUGCUGCUCUAGACUUAACAACUCCCCAUAAUAUGCAAAGUCAAAUAGGACAGCAUCCUAACCAAUCACGACUUUUAGAAAAAAUGCAGUCAAUUGCGAAUUUGGCAGCAACAAAACAAAACCCUCCUGGAAAGGGUUUGCCUGCAAAUGUGAAUCAAGGGAAUGUCUAUUCACCUAUUUCUAAUAGACCUGCAAAUACGGGUGCAAGUCCUUUGAGAAUACCUUCUUCGAGUAUGAACCAAGUUAAGCAUGAGAAAGGUAGUCCCAGUGGGUCCCAGACUUCUGUUCGGCAUGACAUGGGUAACAAACCUUUUCAAAUGAAUCAAGCAAACACUGGCAAUUCUAUAAUGUCUCCUAGCUAUACCCAGUCACAUAAUUCUCCAACUCCGACACACCCUUCUCCAAGAUCUCAAACACGAUCUCCUAGUUCUUCUCCUAAGUUAGUAAUUGCUGAAGAAAAGCAGGCAAGUAGUAGUUCAUCAGAACAGAGUAUUAACCAAUCUAAUCAAAUAUCGAGCACACAACUUCCCAACCUUAACACUUUAAAGAAUGAAUCUCCGAAGGCAUUCCCAGGGCCUUCUAAACCAGGUCCUAAGCCAAUGAAACCAUUAUCAUCAGGUCUAAAACUGUCUGGGAUUCGCCAGCCCAUAACCCCUUCUAUUAAGUCCAACUCUGGUAUGAAUCUUCCACCAGAUUAUAUGACAUCUCAGCAACUGAUUGCACAGCAUCCAAUGGCACAUUUAAGGCAUCAGAUGGAAAUGAAUUGGUACAAAGCUAAUCUAUUCAAAAGUAUGGCAAAUGCCGUACAUCAGACUCAACAUGAUUUUAAUAACAAAGAUAAACAAAUGUCGGUUGCUCAAACUGCUAUCCCCUUUAAAUCCCGCAAGAGGACAUACAUGAAUAAGAGAAACAAAGAAUGUAAUGAAAAUGAUAAUAUUCUUAACAAAAUGAAGUUACCAGAAGGCCGUGAUUUAAAUCUCAAAAAUAUCUUUGACAAUGAGUCUUGCUCUGCUCCCAAAAUAUCCAGAAAAACCUUGAAGUCUGUUUCAAUCGACAAGUCUAAAGAUGAAUGUGAAGAAUCCUUUGACGAGAGAAAUCGAAAUGCUGUUACUUCAGGACCGCUUCCUAGUCGAGAAGAAGAAUUUGAAUGGUUGCACAACGUCCUUUUAGAGAGCCUUGACAAAGAGGAAUCUGCUUCUUUAUAUGUCUCUGGGCAACCCGGCACAGGCAAAACGGCAACCUUGUCAUGCUUACUGAAUUCGCAAAAGAUCAAAGAAGGCUUUAAACAAGUGUAUGUAAACUGCACUAUGAUGAAGUCCGCCACGAGCAUAUACAGCAGAAUUUGCAAAGAGUUGCAGCUGCCUACUUCAGGUUCCACAGAGAAGGCAUGCUUGGCUGCCAUAGACAAAUAUUUGAAUAAAAAACACAAGAUGAUCUUACUGGUGUUGGACGAGAUCGACCAGCUAGAUAGCAAGCGGCAGUCAGUGCUGUAUACGAUUUUUGAGUGGCCGGCGUUGGCUGGGUCUCGUCUGGUGUUAGUCGGCGUGGCCAAUGCUCUGGACUUGACCGAGCGCGCUCUUCCGCGGUUGCAGGCGCGUUGUUCGCUGCGGCCGCGCACCCUGCACUUCGCGCCGUACACCAAGCAGCAGAUCAUCAACAUAUUCACCAAGAUAUUGGGCGAGGCUGACAAAACCAACGUGUUUUCGCCUAUCGCCUUACAAAUGUUGGCAGCCAAAAUCGCCGCCGUCUCUGGUGACAUGCGAAGAGCCCUAGACAUAGGCCGUAGAGUGAUCGAGCUAGCUAAACGCAGUAAAUUCGCCGAGAACCAAUCCGUGGACACCAUGAUGAAAGACUGCACGGUCACAGUGGAGCUCAAGCAAGUCCUGGAAGUACUGAACGACGUGUACGGAGGCUCCAAGAAAAUCGAGUCUGAUGUUGAUGAAGGUUUCCCGAUGCAACAGAAGUUGAUACUUUGCAGUCUUAUGCUUAUGCUCAAGGGAAAAAAUAAGGACAUCGUUAUGGGGAAAUUACACGAUGCUUAUAAAAAAGUAGCAGCAGCUCGCAACAUCGCGCCGCUGGACAUGAGCGAGAUGUCAAGCGCCUGUACUCUACUCGAAGCGCGCGGUGCGCUACGAUGCACGGGUCCCUGGGGGCGCACCCGGCGCCUGCGCCUGCAGUGGGACGAGGCGGAGCUGACGGCCGCGCUGCGCGACAAGCCGCUCAUGGCCGCCAUCCUCGCCGACUCCAGCUGCCGUCCCAACUGUUAGUAUAAUGCGUCCGCUGAUAGUCAGUACGUCGAGAGGCGGGGUAUUUGUAGAAUUAACGACGCUGACCGCGCUUACUGUCAGCGUGUUAAAAAAAAAAACGAAAAAUGGAAAAAUCCGAUGUCUCGGACGAAUAUAGCGUUGUCCCGCCUUUUUGCUAAGACUCAUAAGAACCUUGGGUUCGCUGGGGAACUAUUUAUAAAAAUUGGCGUCGGUACUAGUUUUUACGAGAGCGACUGCCAUUUGAUAUGCAACCCGGAGAGAAAACGAGGCCUUAUUAAAAUUAGAGGAAUAGUCUAAGAAAAAAAUGUGCCUCGAAUUUGACCGCUGAAAUUGAUGUCGCUGUACGGCCCAAUGACGUUUGACAAUUCAGUUAUCACCAGGGACCGGCCCGCUAUCCCUUAUCGGGGUUUUAUAAGGGUAUUGCAUAAGGCUUAACUCACCAUACCCUUUGCCAGACGAAACCCUUUGUUUUGGUUUUAAAAACCCUUAUAUAAAGCUACCACAUUUGAGUAAUCGGUAGCCCAAAUACCCUUACAAAACCCUUAUCAUCCGCUCACCAACACCUUGCAUAUUGCUUAUAAGGAUUAGCCUUAUAAAGGGCUUCCCUUUUAGCAUAUAAGCGUGCUAAUUUAAGUCGUCUACCUUGUUCAUAAAGCACACAUUACUUCGAAUCCGAGCGAUCGUCGGCGGCGACGGCGGCGUUCUUUGACUAGGCAAGUAUUUUCUUUCCUUUUCAUACACUACCGUAGAUAUAUACUAAUCCUGCCUCUUUCGCGCAAAGGGAAACCUUUAUAAAAAGCGCUUAAAGAUAAGGGUAACCCUUAUUAAGAGCUAGCCUUAUUUUUGGUAAGCUUUUCGGUAAGGGUUAGUCAAAGGUAAGGGUAUGAAUGGGCUUGCAGCUCAAAAGGGAAAGUCUUUCAAUGUGUUAGCCGUGUUUAAGUGUCGCCCAUUGAAAGGGUUUUAUCGCGGAAAGGGUUGUCCGGUCCCUGGUUAUCACAAAGCAUAAUGGCGAUGUAUAAUGCCAUCUAGAACCCGUACUAUGGAUGGUAUAGAAAGGAUGCACAUAUCUUAUGGCAGAAAUGUUGCAAAAGUCACCGCUUUCAACUUUAAAUAAUAGUUCCUAAUCUCUCCGGUGGCGCUAGUUAGGCUCUGGGACAUAAGCCAUAUUAAGGCAACAAAUAACCCGACCAAAUUACGUAGGUUGUUUUUGGUAGUAUUUCGGUGUAUGGUGGCGCCGCCUAAUUACUGUUUUUUGAUGAACAUUUUUCAUACAUAGAGAUUUGGCUCCUUUAUAUAGUCUCCAUGACCCGUACCAUGAGUCACUGACAGUGUCAAAACUGGCAUAAACGCUAUAACAUAACGUCUACGUAAUUUACUUUCUAUACAUGUCGCUCGCACUAAUAUGCGAGUACGAGCGAGAUGCAUAGAAAGUAAGUUACGUUCUCGAUAGCGUUUAUGUCAGUGCCAAACUGGUGGUAGCCACAUAGGUCGGCUGGCAUACUCGAGCGCACGUUUAUUUCUUAGACUUUACACCUCUUCCAUAAUUAAUAAUUAUUUCUUACCAACUGAGACUAGAUUUUUCCAUUUCAUGUUUUUAAAAUUAUGAUACACAUAUAUGUAAUUAACAGACGGAUCUGGGUAAUACAAUAUUUAUUUAACAGAUCGGUAAUCGGAGGUAGAUAGAUUCCUGACGAGCAUACGUCGCACUAAGUACAAAUACUUUAUACUGACAACUCGAAAAUUGAUUUGUGAACCUUACCGAAUGACUUGCCCGCAAAAUGCCCGCUGUAGUGCGACGUAUGCUGACGAGUUAUCCAAAUCACUAAUUCUACAUUACCCAUUGGUUCAAGCCGUACCGAAUAAAACCGCGAGAAACUCACGGUAAGGGUACAAACUGACUUGUGUUCGUCUUUUCGGCACCAGGGUUAUAACCGCGAAAAUCGAAGUUCGCAAAUUGCGGGCAUCUUUUUCUGUCAUUCUAAUUACGCCUUUAUUGGAGUAUAGAGAAAGAUCUCCGCUAUUUGCGAAUUUCGGUUUACGCGGUAGGCCCUCUGUACCGAUAACAACAAUUUUUACCUAAUGACACUUUUUUUUCGUAAAGGUGUUUAUUAGGGAUGUACCGACUAGUCGCCGACUAGUCGGGAAAGCCGACUAUUCGGCCACGUUUGUAGUAGGCGAUUAGUCGGCGACUAGUCGGCCAAAAUGGCCGAUUAGUCGGCCUUUUAUUAGUUACAGAAAAACAGGACAUAAACUAAAUAAACAGCAAAUACAUUUGAUAAAAUUUCCAUUUUAUUCAAUGAAAUUAAUUAUACUUUAUACCUGUUAAGGGUGCAUACGAAUAUUGUUAUUCAUAUUAUUAUAUUAAAUUCAUGUGUAAGGAGUAAAUAGAUAGAUUUAUUUGUUUGUUAAAGAAAAAGACACAGUACUUUAUACAAAGAGAUAAAACAAAAUGCUUUCACGAAAAGAUCUUCAACUUAAAAUUGAAACAGCAAAAAUAACAACUUAUGAAGUAAAAUAUUAAAUAAAAGAUAAAAUGUUACAAAUAAACAAUGUGAUGUGACUCGCAAAAAAGGGGUAUUGCCGAAAUAUGAAAAAAGUAUGUAUGUCGUCGCAGUCCAUUCAAUAUUAUGUAGUUGGUUGCAAUUACAAACGUUUUAUUACAGUGCCUAUGUAAUUUUUAUUAUUUGAGGCGCGCGGGUCUCUUAAGGAAAGUCUAUUUUGCUCAAAAUGCUCAAAUGGCAAUUGGCUUAUUUAUGCAUAAAGCUUGUAUUUGAAGGAAAUAUUUUUUAUUCGAAUAUUUGAUGCCGUAAUAUCUUGUAGCAUAUGCAUUUCCUUGGUUCAAUUGUCAUUUAAUUGCUUAAAAUGUGAAAUAAAAUGCAUUAAAAUUACGCGCAAAAAGCUAAAACGACGAAAGGAACAAGAAAAUUGUUUUACAAAUGAAUCCUAACUUAGACAUAGCUGUUGCAGUGACCAUCUGAAUGUAAACUUUAAAGAGAAAUAAUGAUUUAUGAAUUUGGCCGACUAGCCGACUAGUCGGCCGACUAAUCGGCCAUCGGAGCGCCGAUUAGUCGGCUAGUCGGCUAGUCGGCCAAAUCAAUAGUCGGUACAUCACUAGUGUUUAUUAAUUUAAAUUACAGUUUUAAAAGGCCCUUCCAGGUUAUGUUAAUAAAACUGGAAGGCCUGCUGCUAGGUUUCGUUAUAUUUACGAGUAUAAGGCUGCUAAUGAUUAGAUUAAUCAAUUAAUGAAAAAAAAAAUUUAAACUAAAUUAUUGUUUUUUGUUAAGAUUGUGUUGUGUAGGUAUAACAUGUUGACCCUGUGAAGAUGUAUGCUGUGAUUAAUUUCUUAUGUUCCAAUUUUCCUUUGGCAUUAAGAACACGAUGGUAAUGACAUUUUUGAGGUUUUUGCCAAUGAACUAAAUACCUAUAGUCAGAAAAGUUUUUGAUAUUGACAUAAGGUUUAAUUGUGUCUGGCUUGUCUGAGAAAGAUUUUUUACUAAUUCCUAAGUAAUUAAAAUAAAAUAUCCCAAAAAUUAAGGUUUUAUUCUGAAAAACUUAAGCAGCAGUGAUGAAGCGUGACGUUGGCGUUACGUUUGUGAGAUACCGUUGCGUUGCGCUGGUCAUUUCCGUUACGACCAAAACAUUCGUUUUUUACUUACGGUUUUGUGGCUUGUGGUUUUUGAUUGCGAUUUACUUGUUUUUACAUUCACAAUAAUAUUACAUAGCCUUUUAAGUAUAAAGUUCCGUUAGAUUUUAUUUUAGGUUACAUAUUACUCGGUCAUUUUAUUCUACACUGACUUGGAGGAAGAAUCCAAUGGUAUUCACGUUGACUACUGUUCAACAUACAAAUCUAACGGUUCUUUAUAAAUUGUACCCUAGACUUAUAUUGACCGGGAUAUGGACCGUGAUUACCUGUUAUAUUUUCCAAGUACAUGGUCCAUAUCGGGAUAUGGUCAAUAUAAGUCUAUAGUGAAACUAACCGUGAAUUAUUCAAAACUCAAAUUGUACCCGGUUUCAAAACGGCUCAAUAUAACGAAAGGAGAGUGUAGUGCCUUGACAUGUAUUGUUUGGAUGUUUGUUAAGGUGAGUUAGUGUUUAGUAAUCUUAGGUAAUUAUGUUUGAAUCUAUUAAUACUUAAUUCAUGUUGUAUAAUAUCUAAUAUCAAAUCUAUGAAUUAAUAUAUCUGAUAUUUUGGUAGUUGAACCUAAAGCGUGCGGUUGUUUUAUGCGAUUAACGCAGCGUUUAACGCGAGGCGUUUGCUGCACACCCAUUAUACAUCAGAUAAUAUAAUGCCACUACAUUGUAUUACGCGUUAAAUACAGCGGUAAACGCAUUGUCUAUUUUCCUUCAUUUCGUUGAUCGCACCGCAUAAAACAACCGCGCGCUGUAUAGUUAAAAUAAUAUAAUUAAUGUUUUGUAUAUAGAGGUCAUAUUCACGGCUUAUUUUGUACGCGCGUUUCCUGGCAUUUGUUGGUUAAAUUAUUGAUAAAGCGCAAUCCAAAAAAUAGAUAUGUAUGUACAUAUAUAGAACAACGCGACAACGCGAUGUACAAAAUACGACCGCGGAAAACCUCUAACUAAACAUCUAAAGUACACCUAUAGUGUAAAAUUCCCUAAACUUUUUUAUUUUUACUAUAUCCGGUAGAUCUCAUACCAGACCUAACAUACUAUUUUUUAUUCUUUAAUUGUAACAGCCAGCGGACAACAGGUCUGGUGGAACGUUGUAUGCGAGUAUUAUGACGUAAAAAGACUUCGACAGGAUGGUGAAAUUGUCUUUCCAAUUUUUUACUUAAGCUUUGUGUUUAUUAGGAAUACAUUCAAAAAUAAAUGUGUUAUUAGUCCAUCAGUACCUAUUCCAUUUUUUAUCUGUAAGUCUUUUGUUGUAGUUAUAAUCAUUAUAUUUACUUAUAUCAAUUUGUAUUUGUAGUUUUACACGGGACUGACUUUUUAUACAUAGGAUUUUAUUUAAUGAUAAUGUUUGGGAAAUAAAUAAAGAACAAGUAUAAUAUUAUUUUUUAUUUAAUCUUAAACAUUUAUACACUAAUUCUAUUUUGUGCAAAAACAAGACUUUUUACAUUUUUUUGCGAAGUACCUCUGUACAGAAGACAAGAUGACUGACCAGAAGGCGCGACAGCGACGAACGUCGAAACGAUCUGAUCUUUGGAUAGCGAGCUUAGUAACGAGUUAGGGGUACUGUCGGGGCUUACAAAUACUCUUUAUCUGCAAAAGGUACCCAAAA